CCUGCCACUGGAGGGAAACUGAGGCAGCAGAAGGGUCUGAAGCCAGACCAGCUCAUUCCCCUCAUCGGCUUCAUCGGCCUCGGCCUGGGCAGCGCCGCGCUCUACCUGCUCCGCCUGGCCCUCUGUAGCCCCGAUGUGAGCUGGGACAAGAAGAACAACCCAGAGCCGUGGAAUAAACUGAGUCCAAACGACCAGUACAAGUUCCUGGCGGUUUCCACCGACUACAAGAGCUUGAAGAAGGAUCGGCCCGACUUCUGAGGCCACCAUGGCGGGUCCGGGCGCCCCCGCCGGGCCUGGCCGCCCCCCGUGUCCCCUGCUUCCUGCUCAGGGCCCGUGUGGCUCCAUCACGCUGCCUGAGGUGAUGCUGCCUGGCCCUGGCCGCGCCCUGACGCCCAGGCGAUGGGCACUACCCCCAGCACUGCAAUAAAACCCCAAUGCGCCACGUAA